GCUGCAUCUCAUGUCACUUAGGCUGUGGAAGUACAUAAUGUUUCAUUUCUAUUUAUUUCGUGUUUGUUUCCUUUUCUAAACUAGAGGUGGUUUUGAGUAUUGAGGUAAUUAUUAAGUAGAUACAUUUAUUAUUUAAUUCGUUUUUUUUCCCUCAGCUUUCUCUACUAAAAUAAAAACAAAAUUUGACCCGGAAGUUGUUAAUGUGAUAUCCGGAGAGCAUGUUAGCAUCACAUUAGCAUGAGUUAGCUUAGCUUAACCUAGCAUGUAUGUGAGCCUGUAGACGGCUGUGUUGUGGAUUCUCGUCUCAAUAUAGUUGCAGCUGCAGUAACAAUGUCUUCUGUUCAUUCUCUGAGAGUGUUCAUUAGCGAACGACUAACUUCUGCGGCUGAAGAAAUAUUCAGAGAGUUUGAAAAAACCAUCGUCCAGUAUGAGGAGGAGAUGGACCGUCAGCGCAGACUGCUAGAUAGCAGCUGGAAGAGAAACACAAUAACAGCAGACCUCCAACAGAAGCACACCUGGAAAGAGAAACAGAAUGUUGUUGACCAGCAUCUCUUUAGCCAAGAGAGGAGCUGUAGCCAGAACCAGAAGGAUGCAGAACCUCCACAGAUCACAGAACAGCAGGAGGAAGAGGAGAUGGGCUGUCUGCUGGAGAACAUCUGGGAACCAGAACUGGAGCUUCACAGAGCAGAUGUCCGACAGCUUCCUGUUUGCAAGGAGGACGAGGAGCUUCGUUCUAAGGAGCAUCUCUCUCAGUCUCCACACAUCAAAGAGGAACAGGACGAUCUCUGUGCAGAAGAGGAAGGGGGUCAGCCAGAACUGAAGCAGGAGUCUGAAACCUUCAUGUUGCCUUCAUCCUCUGAGGAAAGAGACCUUCAUGCAGCAGAACCAACUUCUGAGCAGCUGCUCUCUGAGAGCCAAGAUCAGCAGCAAGUCAAGCUGGAAGACUUUGAGUCGACUGAAGCUGCCGAAAUACAGAGAACCGUCUGCUGGAACAUAAAUGUAGAAGAGUCUCCUCUGUCAGAGACAGGUGCAGGUGAGAGGUCUGCAUGGAGGAGUCCCAGCAGGACCAUGAGUCCUCCUUCCACAUUCAGAAGACACUCAGAUGCUACAGAUAUACGUAGACAACCAGGUGAGAAGUCCAACUUUUGUGAGGUGUGCAGGAAAUGUUUCAGAAGUGUUUCGGUCCUGAAGGUCCACAUGAGAAUCCACACGGGCGAAAAACCCUUUUUCUGCCAAAUCUGUGGAAAGCGAUGCCGUCAGCAGAGCGACCUGGGGCGCCACAUGAUGGCUCACACGGGGGAGAGGCCGUUCCCGUGUCACCUGUGCGAGAAGAGCUUCAUCCAGAAGGGCGAUUUGCUGCGCCACAUGAAGGUGCACAUGGACGAGAGGCAGUUCCCCUGCGCGCUCUGCACCAAAACCUUCAGCGAGAACGACCAGCUGAGCCGGCACAUGAGGAACCACACCAGGAAAAAGCCCUACUCCUGCAAAGUCUGCAAGAAGAUGUUCGUUAAGAAGGCUCACCUGACAGCUCAUGCCAGGACGCACACGGGCGAAAAACCCUUCCUGUGCGACACCUGCGGGCGGGGUUUCAUCAACCGCAGCAACCUGACGCGUCACAAGAAAGUCCACACGGGCGAGAAGCCCUUCAUCUGCUCGGUGUGUCUGAAGACGUUCAGUCGCAAUGAACACCUGUGGAGCCACAUGAUGCUGCACAAGGGGGAGGGGACUCUGACCAGCCGGUAGCACCGUAAUGUGGGCGUGGUCCGGUUCCUCUUGACUUCAGAAUAAAAGCAGACUCUGACCACGUUCUUCUGCGUAUCAACCUCACGACUUUCAAACAGCUGGAAGAUAGUGUAAUGGGAUGUAGCGAUUCAUUUUAACAACAAUUGGAUUCAUAUCCUAUUUUGUAGUUGCUUGUUUGAUAUUUGUUCAUUUUGAAUGAUCCGAUUUGAUCUGGUUCACUGACCUAAAACUGAUCCAGGACAUCUUUAGCCAAAACCUCAACCAGAGCGACUAAGAGAUAAAUACCUGGAACUGAACAGUGAAGGUGAAGUUUUCCAGAUUCCUUAUAUUUCUUGAAAAAUAAUCAAUUGUAAAUUAAAUAUUUGUUCAAACAAGUAAACAAGAAUUAUUGACAAUCCAUUUAAAUUGUAGUUUCAUAGAGUUCAGUCCACUUGUUUUUUCACAUCAAAAUAUUACAAAGGGAACAUUAUUAGAAUAUUCUACCAUGCUGUAUGUUCAGUGUUUCCACUCACUGAGCUGAUCCUUUAUUACUGACAUCACGCGAGUUGCCACUGUAAUGACACUUCAUUGUUUUAUUUUUGUCACAAUUAAAUAAACCUACUGUGCCUCAGUUCAAAUGAUAUUUUCCAGUUUUCAUUCAAUUAUCAAUUUAUUAAACAAUUUUCAAAGGUAAAGGUCUAAUCGAUUUGAUUGGAUUAACAGCUUCCCUCAGACAGAUUGAGCUUGUUGCGUCAUAGAAAUAGAAAUGGAAGCUCCAAUGAGGCAGGAUACCUAAGGUGAAAAAGACCUGCCCUACUUUUUUUCUUAUUUAUUUUUUUUAUCGUUUUCUCGUUAUAAUGAGAUAAUCAAGAAUGAAGAAUGAAGCGUCUCCUAUUCCCGCACAGAGACAGACUGUUUUAAGUCUCUUUAGUUUGUGGUUAACAACAAAAACAGCAGAAGAACAUGCCACAAAAGUUGUUUUUAAGUCUAUUUUUUAUUUAUUAGUGAAUCUAUGCUUUUUAAACGUAUUAAUUCCGUGUCAUGCACCAGCCCUCUCUGUUUAUUUCCUAAAA